AUGGGGGCGCCCCCGGGCUACCGACCCUCGGCUUGGGUGCAUCUGCUCCACCAGCUGCCCCGCGCCGACUUCCAGCUCCGCCCGGUACCCAGCGGGUUCGCGCCCCAAGAGCAAGAAUACCAGCAGGCCCUGUUGCUGGUGGUGGCCUUGGCAGGCCUGGGCUUGGGCCUGAGCCUCAUUUUCAUUGCUGUCUACCUCAUCCGCUUUUGCUGCUGCCGGCCCCCAGAGCCCCCCGGAGCCAAGAGCCCCCCACCCGGGGGAGGCUGUGUCACCUGGAGCUGCAUUGCUGCCCUUCUCGUCGGCUGCGCCGGCAUUGGCAUCGGUUUCUAUGGCAACAGCGAGACCAGCGAUGGGGUGUCCCAGCUCAGCUCAGCAUUGCUGCAUGCCAACCAUACGCUCAGCGCCAUAGACCACCUGGUGUUGGAGACGGUGGAGAGGCUAGGUGAGGCCGUGAGGACAGAGCUGACCACUCUGGAGGAGGUGCUGGUGCAGCGCCCGGAGCUGGUGGCUGCUGCCCGGGGGGCUCGGGGGCAGGCGGAGGCGGUGGCCCAGCAGCUCCAGGCGCUGGCCUUCUGGCGGGGAGUGCCCUUGAGUCCCCUGCAGGUGGCCGAAGACGUGUCCUUUGUGGAGGAGUACAGGUGGCUGGCCUAUGUCCUUCUGCUGCUCCUGGAGCUGCUGGUCUGCCUCUUCACCCUCCUGGGCUUAGCAAAGCAGAGCAAGUGGCUGGUGAUCGUGAUGACAGUGAUGAGUCUCCUGGUUCUUGUCCUGAGCUGGGGCUCCAUGGGCCUGGAGGCAGCUACAGCUGUGGGCCUCAGUGACUUCUGCUCCAGUCCUGACACCUACAUCCUGAACCUGACCCAGGAGGAGACUGGGCUCAGCUCAGACAUCCUGAACUAUUACUUCCUCUGCAAUCAGGCGGUCUCCAACCCCUUUCAACAGAGGCUGACUCUGUCGCAGCGAGCUCUGGCCAACAUCCACUCCCAGCUGCAGGGCCUCGAGCGGGAAGCUGUCCCCCAGUUCCCUUCUGCGCAGAAGCCUCUGCUGUCCUUGGAGGAGACGCUGAAUGUGACAGAAGGAGACUUCCACCAGUUGGUGGCGCUGCUGCACUGUCGCGGGCUGCACAAGGAUUACGGCGCUGCCUUGCGGGGCUUGUGUGAGGAUGCCCUGGAAGGUCUGCUCUUCCUGCUGCUCUUCUCCCUCCUGUCUGCGGGGGCCCUAGCCACCACCCUCUGCAGCCUGCCCCGUGCCUGGGCCCUCUUCCCGCCCAGUGACGACUAUGACGAUGCAGAUGAUGACGACCCUUUCAACCCUCAGGAAUCCAAGCGCUUCGUGCAGUGGCAGUCAUCUAUCUGAGCCCCUCCUCCGUGCCAGACUGGAGCCUGAGCCCCCACCCUGGUGAGCUUCCGGAGCGGCACCCUGGCUCCCCCUGCGGCCAGCCCCUGCUCGCCUCUCCCUCGCUCCGGGCAGGGGGGUGGCCCUGCCACCUGCAUCCGGUGCCCUGUGUCUGCCUCUCUCUGCAGUUCCUUCCCUGGCUGCCAGAGAAGACCCCACUAACCCAGCCUGACUGGGCUCUCACCUCUAACAGCACCUCUGGCCACGGACACCCCCACGGGCUGCCUCCCUGCCCUGCCUCCUCUCCCACGCGCCCUUGCCUGGGGAGCCAGCCAGGGGGCAGGCCGGGCCCUGGGGCUGGCAGGGAGGGGCGGCCAUCUAGCCCCGCAACCCCUCACCCCUGGCCACCAGGCCCAUCCUCG